GGGUAGUAAGGUCCACAAAAACUUUGUUAGAUUUAGUGUGGAACCAAGAGUAACUUAGCUCCCUCCGAUCAGGCAUACGAAGUUCACUCUCAAAGAUCGCCGUGCCUUUGUAAAGUCUCCUCCUUCUCCCCGCCGCAGUAGCGACAGAUAAGAGUUUUAAGGCAGCAAUGGAUUCAGCGGAGAUGAGGUACUUGGAGGAUGAUGACACCCCAAAGAUGAAAGUUUUAAAAGGCGCGACCACAGGAUUGGUUACUGGAACUAUUUUCGGUACCAUUGUGGCCACUUGGCAUGAUGUGCCUCGUGUUGAGAAGCACGUUGCACUUCCAGGGCUGAUAAGAACUCUGAAGAUGAUGGGCAAUUAUGGGAUGACCUUUGCUGCCAUUGGUGGUGUCUACAUUGGUAUUGAGCAGCUUCUGCAACAUCAAAGAACGAAGAGAGAUUUCGUUAAUGGAGCUGUUGGUGGUUUUGUUGCUGGGGCUUCAGUUCUAGGCUUCAAAGCAAGGAGCAUCCCAACGGCUCUUUCUGCCGGAGCAGCUCUAGCCGUUACCUCGUCACUCAUUGAUGCUGGAGGCCAGACUACCAGAGUAGACAAUGGCAAGGAGUAUUACCCUUACACCACGAAGAAAAGAUCCACUGUCGAGGCAUAAUUCUUCACACCCCUUGUUCAAAUGCAGGGCAACCCUACUGCUGAGCUCGUAUGGUUGAGUUUAUUUUGUUUUUUUUGCCGUCUGGUCUCAGAACGUGUAAUCAUUUUGGUUUUUCUUUCGUUUCAAUAAAUAUGUAGUCAAUGAGAGGGAUUGUGGAGAGAUGAAUUCUCUUUGUGGUGAAUUGUAAGUUUUAUCCUGUUGUAGACAAACAGAAGGGGUUUGGAACCUUAAGCAGGAAUGUGUUUCAAUUUGCAAGUUUUGCUGCUCACUGUCUAAUUU